AUGCAUAAAGUUAAUAAAUAUAUUUCAAAGUUUCAUAACUUUACCAAUUAUAUUCGUAGAUUGCAACCAGUUUUUGAAGAAUUAAAAAAAGUUUUUGAAUUUAGAGGCAAACCAUUUCUUGCUCCGGAACCUGAUAUAACAACUCGUUGGAAUAGUACAUAUAAUAUGAUUAUUAAAUUACAAGAAAUUCGUGAAAUGAUAGAUAUUUUAGUUGCAG